CCCGUACAACCGCGCCCCGUCGCAGCUAUUUAUCUCCGACAUAACCAACUAUAACUGUCGCAAACGUCAAUAAGUGACGGACGUCAUAGUGUAUUUACGAUUUGUGAACUUGGAGUGAUUUCUGUGCUGUUUAGUGUAUGAAUUAUGUGAAUGUGUCAAGACUUUUAUGUGUUGGUUAAAUCAAGAGUUUCUUAAUGAAAAACCAGUAAAUGCCGCGAAGAAAACAUAACAAACGGCGAAAUGGACGACUUAUAGCAGCGGGCAGACGCGAAAGAUACCUGGGAGGGUGGCGGUGGAAACGGAAAGAUGUUAAUACUAGUGAUAGUUCAUUUUGUCACGCUACCUGUGAUAACUUGGAGACCUGUCAAAGGGGAUACAACAAUGGAAGAUAAGAGCCAAUCGUUAAUCAGCUCUAGGGUCGUCAGAACUAAAUACGGUGAUAUUAGAGGAUUUAUAAUGACACCAGAAUCGAGAUUUCUAGAACCAGUCGAAGUGUUCCGUGGAGUUCCUUAUGCAUCUCCUCCAGUUGGUUCAUUAAGGUUUAUGCCUCCAGUGUCAGGAGCGCAAUGGUCAGGAGUCAAAAUUGCAGAAGAAUUCAGUCCGGUCUGUCCUCAAGUUUUGCCAGAUAUAAGGAACGAAACGGCAGUAUUGAAGCGGAUAUCAAAAGGGAGAUUAGAAUAUUUGAAAAGGAUAUUACCAUAUUUAACGAAUCAAUCGGAAGAUUGUCUCUACCUAAAUAUUUAUGCUCCCGCUCAAGCAGGCGUGCGGGACGCUGCGGCUCGCUACCCCGUGCUGGUGUUCGUGCACGGAGAAAGCUACGAGUGGAGCUCUGGCAACGCGUACGACGGCGCCGUGUUGGCCGCGCACGCCGGUCUUCUCGUCGUCACCAUCAACUACAGACUGGGCCUGCUUGGAUUCCUGAAUCCCCGCUCCGAUGAGUUCCCACGAUCGCCAGCUAACUACGGGCUGAUGGACCAGAUCGCGGCGCUUCACUGGAUAAAGGAGAACGUGGGUGUAUUCGGCGGAGACCCGACUAAUGUAACCCUCAUGGGACAUGGGACCGGCGCAGCGUGUGUACAUUUCUUGCUUACGUCACUAGCCGUUCCAGAAGGUCUGCUGUUCCACAGAGCUAUUCUAAUGUCAGGCUCGGGUCUAAGUCCCUGGUCUUUGGUCGCUGACCCUAACAAAUACGCCACAAUAGUCGCAAGACACGCCAAUUGUUCUCCCGAUCUGACGCCACCUGCUCUCCUGCGGUGUUUACGCGAGCGGCCGCUAGAGGCGCUGCUGUCAGCGCCCGUGCGCGCACCGGACUUCUCGUACGCAUUCGGGCCCAGCGUUGACGGGGUUGUCAUUGACACAGGUGAUCUUCUAAUGAAUCCGGAGAACGCUUACGAUUGGGGUGGACAAAGCCUGCACACCGGAGGCAAGCAGACCGCAGUCAACAUCAUUAACGCCGUGCUCAUGCGCAAGAGCGCAGUCGCUCAACUCACCAAGUAUGACUUGAUGCUGGGAGUGACGAAAGCAGAAGCUUACUUCGCGUUCAGCGGUGACGACGUGCAGUACGGCAUUGAGGCGGACAGGCGCUCGAAGAUCCUCAAGUCAUUCGUUAGAAAUACGUACAGCUAUCAUCUAUCUGAAAUUCUAGCGACGAUUAUAAACGAAUAUACUGAUUGGGAGAAACCUGUGCAACAUCCCAUCAAUAUCAGAGACGAGACUCUAGAGGCGCUGAGCGACGCACAGGUGGUAGCGCCGAUAGUGCUAACGGCGGACACGCACUCGGCACUGCGACGUAACUCCUACUUGUACGUGUUCGACUAUCAGACCAAGUACGGAGAUUAUCCGCAGCGUCAAGGCUGCAUACAUGGUGAGGAGUUGCCGUAUAUAUUCGGCGCGCCACUAGUUGGCGGACUGGCUCACUUCCCUCGUAAUUACACUAAAGCUGAAGUAGCACUCUCAGAAUCAGUCAUGCUGUAUUGGGGCAAUUUUGCAAAGACUGGCAAUCCAAAUGAAGCUCAAGAAAGUGAUCCAAUAAGAGCCGGUCGACAAGAACGAGUAAGAAUGAAGAAUAUGGAGUGGACUGCCUACGAAGCAGUUCAUAAGAAAUAUUUAAACAUAGAUAUAAAAUCGAAAUUAAAGAACCAUUACAGAGCACACAGGCUAUCGUUCUGGCUAAACCUUGUACCGGAUUUACAUCGUCCUGGGGGAGAAGAUGUUCCCCCCUCUCAUCAUCAGCUCGAGCACGAAGAUACUUCCUUACAGCCCACUAUAAAAACGUUCACACCGCCGUUUAAGAAGAUCACUGAUUUGAUUCUGUCAGAGACAGGGGUUGCUACAAAAGUACCGGUGCUAGCAGUACUAAAUGUUACCUCGCCAUUGAACUUCAACAUCGGUGGAUUAAACCCACCAACACAAAGUCCGGAAGUACACAAAUCAGACGCAACUACUUCGCCGCCACCUGAAGAUGGGUUCGCGGCCUAUUCUACCGCUUUGAGUGUUACUAUUGCAAUCGGAUGUUCUCUUCUUAUUUUGAACGUAUUAAUAUUUGCCGGCGUGUACUAUCAGCGAGAUAAAACGCGAAUGAACGGCCAAGACGGUAACAUAAACGGAUCUCAUUUGAAGAAGCGCGUCGAAAAUGGUCAGAUGCCUAACAAUAUCUGCGGUGAUCUCGAAGGAACAUUGACCUAUCAGACGAGCCUCAAGAACGAUCCGGCGACUAUACUCAGUCAUCAUCACACGCACUCUCAUCAUCAAUUACCACCGCCCGAAUUUGCCGAUUUGCCGAGCAACAAUGUAGCGAGCAUGGCAACUCUGCCGCGGGCACCACCGCCGCCAAAAUUAGGGAAGACUAAUAUAAAUACAUUAGCUAGCGGUCAGCUGCAAGAGAAUCAGCCUUUGCUGUCCGCUCAUCAGAUACAGAUGAUCAACACGAAUACACUGACGAAGAAGAAUACGCAGCUGAACGCGAAGUCGAACGUGACGAUGGAGGAGCUGCGCGUGUGACGUCAGCGCGCCUGACUGCAACGCGCCGGCAGUUGCAGUGACGUGGUGCACCACGACGAGAUCGUGUGACUUCAGCCGGACCUUCUCGAGAACGUCACGGACUAUAUUUAAUUGUUGACGCUCUCGGUUAUAGAAGGUUAAAAACACUGUGUUGUGAUGUGAAAC